UGCCCGGCGCCCCCUCCUCAGGAGCCGCGGGGCCCCGCCACUUUCGCCCGGCCCCGGCCCCCGCCGAUGCCGGCCAUGGUGGAGAAGGGCCCCGAGGUCUCAGGGAAGCGGAGAGGGAGGAACAACGCGGCCAGCUCGGCCGCCUCGGCCGCCGCCGCCUCCGCCGCGGCCGCCUCGGCCGCCGCCGCCUCGGCCACCGCCUCCGCCUCGGCCGCCGCCGCCGCCGCCUCCGCCUCGGCCGCCGCCUCGGCCGCCGCCGCCCCCAAUAAUGGGCAGAAUAAAAGUUUGGCGGCGGCGGCGCCCAAUGGUAACAGCAGCAGCAACUCCUGGGAGGAAGGCAGCUCGGGCUCGUCCAGCGACGAGGAGCACGGUGGCGGCGGCAUGCGGGUCGGACCCCAGUACCAGGCGGUGGUGCCCGACUUCGACCCCGCCAAACUAGCGAGACGCAGUCAAGAACGAGACAAUCUUGGCAUGCUGGUCUGGUCACCUAAUCAGAAUCUAUCAGAAGCAAAACUAGAUGAAUACAUUGCCAUUGCUAAAGAGAAGCAUGGGUACAACAUGGAACAGGCUCUUGGGAUGCUCUUUUGGCAUAAGCAUAAUAUUGAAAAGUCAUUGGCUGAUUUGCCCAACUUUACCCCCUUCCCAGAUGAGUGGACUGUGGAAGAUAAAGUCUUGUUUGAGCAAGCCUUUAGUUUUCAUGGGAAAACUUUUCAUAGAAUCCAACAAAUGCUUCCUGAUAAAUCUAUAGCAAGUCUGGUGAAAUUUUACUACUCCUGGAAGAAGACAAGGACUAAAACCAGUGUGAUGGACCGCCAUGCUCGGAAACAGAAGCGGGAGCGGGAGGAGAGUGAGGAUGAACUGGAAGAAACAAAUGGAAAUAACCCCAUUGACAUUGAGAUUGAUCAAAACAAGGAAAGCAAAAAGGAGGUGCCCCCUACGGAGACAGUUCCUCAGAUCAAAAAGGAGAAACAUAGUACGCAAGCUAAAAAUCGAGCAAAAAGGAAACCUCCGAAAGGAAUGUUUCUUUCUCAAGAAGACGUGGAGGCUGUUUCUGCCAACGCCACUGCGGCCACCACGGUGCUAAGGCAGCUGGACAUGGAGUUGGUCUCCAUCAAGCGGCAGAUUCAGAAUAUUAAACAGACGAACAGUGCUCUUAAAGAAAAACUUGACGGUGGAAUAGAACCGUAUCGGCUUCCAGAGGUCGCUCAGAAGUGUAACGCACGCUGGACCACGGAAGAGCAGCUUCUCGCAGUACAAGCCAUCAGGAAAUACGGCCGAGAUUUUCAGGCGAUCUCAGAUGUGAUUGGGAACAAAUCAGUGGUACAAGUGAAAAACUUUUUUGUAAACUAUCGACGCCGCUUCAACAUAGAUGAAGUUUUACAAGAAUGGGAGGCAGAACAUGGGAAGGAAGAGACCAAUGGGCCCAGUAGCCAGAAACCUAUCAAGUCCCCAGAUAAUUCUAUCAAGAUGCCUGAAGAGGAAGACGAGGCUGCUUCUGUGCUAGACGUCAGAUAUGCAUCUGCUUCCUGAGAAACUGCCGGCUUUGAGCACUUGGUAUGGACGCCUGUGUUAUCCAGGAUAUCAGGUAUCACACGCCAUCACCUAGCCAUCUGCGUCACAUCUCUGUGGACAAGCAGCUAUUACCAAAAAAGGCGUACACUUCCAGUCCUGUGCUGCAUCUGCCUUAAUCCUGUGCUCGUUCCUCCACGCUGGCGCCGCUCCCCAGAGAGUCCCGCCGCAUCUCACGCUCUGCCCCGGCGCUGGCGGAGUCUCGUGGCCCGCACGCCUCCUGUGACCCCGGGGACCCCUCCCCAGUCGGAGUUCCUGAGCCCCACCCGUGGCAGCUCUGCCCAGUCAGCAGCUUCAAACAGGUAGUCGACUUGGAAGGCACGACUCUGCUCCUGCAUGGCCUGCGGUUCCACCUCGCGCAUCGUGUAAUUUUCAGAGUGACUGUGACCUGUCGGCCUUUUAGAAAGUUUCUCUUGUUCUUUUCUGAGGCGUCCACCUAAGCGAUAUCAUGCUUCUUUGGAAAUCGCAGGAUGCUGGCAGACUGCGUUAUAACCUUCGUCGUGCCAAACGUCCCGAGACAGCUCCCGUCUCCCCAGACAUUGGGUGUAAUUAUGGUUUGUAAAUUUAGCUGGCUCAGAUCUCGCCCUUCUCCCUUCCCAGCUGGUAGAAAGCUCAUUCACAGCAACUGUCCUUGGACAUCGGCUUAGAGGGAAUGUGGACUCAACACUUUCUGCCUUCAGCUUUCAGCACUGGAAUCCCGGGACAGGUGCCGCUCUGUCUUUCCCGGCCCCCCCCCCCCCACCCCGCCAUCCGGCUCCAAGAGACGCGGUCCACACCACUGCACCUGGUGCUCGUGCAUUUGGAAUUGGUGCCUUCUCCUUUUGGCAAACCACGUUAUCGGCCCGUUUUCUGUUUUAGUGUCUUACUUCUUCUUUAAAGUUUAUUGCUUGCCAAAGAGAACAUCACUGAGAUUAGGAGACAGGGGAGAAAUUGCUGCAGAUUCUGACAGAGUGCAGAUUUUAAAUGUCAGGUUAGCUCCAUACAGGGGAUUAGAAUGGCGGGUGAUGGCUUUAUAGAGCCACACGCUGUGUGUUCCCCAUCCUGCUGGUACGCCGUGUCACCCCGUACAGCCUUUUGUCCUUCAUGUGCUGAUGUGAUCGUCUAACCUCCAUCCUCCCUCUUUUACUGUCAUAGUACAGGACAGAGAAGUGACCCGUUGGUUGGCUCUAGUAAGACCAAGACGGAAAGAAGCAGUGCGCGAAAGUGGUCUGGGAUGCCUUUCGGUUGGACUGGGAACAAGUAAAUAUUUCUCAUAAAUGUUCUGAGAUUUCCAGAAUCACUUAAUCUCGUACUGGACUGUGGACCUGCUGCAGGGCUGAGGGACAGACCUCACACUGCCCUCUCGCGUCCCCUGUGUCCCGCCCGCGGUCCGUGCAGCCCGCACUAAAUAUGUUGAAGGAGCUUUUGUGUCGCCGUAGUUUUGCGUCAUUGAAACACUUUUCCUGCUUUCAAUACCAAAAAGAAAGAAAAAAUGCAGAUGCUUUAAGGCACAAACAGAAUUCGUAAGAAUUUAAAAUAUGCAAUUAAAAUUUGAUGUGUUUUGACUCCCAAGCACCUUGCUUUUUCCCUUUUUUUUUUUUUUUUCCUAAGGUCAGCUGACUGUCUCUUUAGGAAGAGGGUCAGCUAGAAACCUAGACUUUGGAAUUGUACAUUUUUAGAAAUCCGGAGAAAGGUCAUUCUCAAGGGGAGUGAAGUGGGACUCUCCUGACUUCGUCAUCUUGUCCCUUCCCGGGGUGUCCGUGGGUCAGGUAAGAGCGUGUGAACGGCAUGAGAGGAGGCUGGCGCGGGCAGCGCAGUGACACUUAGGAACGACGCGGGGUGUGAGCCUGCUCUGGCUUUGGGAGAUGGCAGGGCGAACAUGGAGAGGAGGCGGCCUGCAGUUUGCACAUCGCUUCGAGGGGACACUGGGCGAGAAGCGAGGCUGAGGGUUCCCUGUGCUGCUUCUCGGGGCCUCCUUCCUUAUAACAGGGCAGCGGCAGGGGUCUCAUUCUGCCCGUAGGUCGGAGGCCUGUCCCUCUCUGCACGCCCGGGCCGUUUGCCUGGAGAGCUGGUCCCCUCUGGCAGUGCUCGCUGGCUCGCUGGCGCUUCCUCGGAAGCGUGGCGGGCCCCCGUGUGUCUUGCCCCGUGCCCUUACGUGCCGCCGGGCACCGAGCGGUCCCCCGUCCCGAAGGGUCGCUGCUCCGGCUUGGCGGACCACAGCGGCCUGGUUCUGGUCCCUCCACGGAGCAGAGGCAUAGCAUUCUCAUUCACCUGAGGUUGGAAAGAUUAGAAAGGUGGUUGUCUUUGCCUGGCCCCCUUGUAGUUUCAUGCCUAAGGUAGCGUUGUGCUUCAGACGUUCCAUUACACUGUCUUUGCGACGAUGUUGUAAAUGCAAGAAAUUACUUCGCUUUAAAAGCCGAGUGAUUGAUCUUAUUUAUGUGAAGCCCCCUUUUUAACAUAUCAAGACUUCGGUGCAUAGCAGGUCGUGUUUGGAUGUGUAAGGGUCCACAGUGACAGCUGCUUCGGAUGCAAUGUUCACUUAAGCUUUGUCUUCUUAAAAACGAUCAAUGUGAAUGUCAUAAUUAUAUAUAUAUUUUUGUGGGAAAUUUCUCCUAAGUAUAAGUUAUUGUGCAAAAUAUAGUACCAUUGAAGCAAAUGAUAGUUUAACUUUUAGUUUAGAAAUCCUAAAAGAUAUAAAUUGUAUUGCAUAUGCAUUAAAAGUUUGUUUUAUUUAAUUUUAUGUAGGUGUGUAAGGCGUUAGGAAAAAAUCGUUUUCACUUAUCCAUUUAAACACCUUGUUACUUGAAUAUUGUGCUGACUGGUCCAAAACAGUGACCGGUCCUGUAACGUAGCUCUGUUGCCCAGCAAGUACAGGCCUCCGUCGUGCUGACCACAUACCCACUGUGUGGCCUCAGCACAUCUGUGCCCACCAGGACACCACUUCCUCAGAAGGGUCUUUGGUAGUUUGUAACCCGUGAGACCCUUCGAUAGUCGCACACCUCUCUGAUGAAAACGCGCAACCGAAAAUGUUGCUGCGUUUUACGGGCUAAUUACGGAGUCGUCUCCCGUGUGUAAAAGUUCCCUCAGACAUCACACGCCACUCUGAGUGUGCUCAUCGUCACUUUAAAUUUCAACUACGCCCUAUUUUUGUCUUUCUAAAUAUCAGAUGUACUAUUGGUAUACUUGCGUACCAAAACUAAGCCACACAGUGCAUUACACUAACUGGAUCCCUGCUUCGCGGAGCAAAGGAAAGACGGAGCCCACUCCCGACGAGAGCCUCGCUUCCGCUCUCGUCCAGCCCGUGUCCGAGCCUAGUGACCCGGGAGUCCGCUUUCAGUACCCACUGAAACUUUGCUGCGAGUGGACUCAAGGUAGUUAGCCGAUCUGAACCUAGUGAUCUCGCGCAAUGCUCGGGAACAAAUCCUCUCUCUGCCACUCCCCGGAUCCCCGCGGCUCUCCCCUCACGGUAGUGAAGCACAGUUGCAGCAAUGUUACAAUCCAGAAGGAAGGUCAGUGUAGUCUAUGCAUGUUGUGUGAUGAUGCGUGUUUACAGUCACCUCCGAGAACUAAAGUUUAUACUGGAGUGGAUAGUAUUCCAUUAUGUAGACCUAUCAACUUUGCUAAGUGCUUUUAGAUUGCUUAAAAAUUUUUCAAGAUUUUAAAAGAUGUAUAAGGUUAAGUUUGCAAAUAUAAUGGAAAUGCUGUAUAUCUUUUGAAGUGAUAAAAUCCACGUUGGAAUUUUAAAGAAAAUAUGUUGUAAUAAUGCUGUUGUAAGUAAUAUUUUAAUGUCUCUCUCUGCCUGUUUUCUAUAUCAGCACAUUCAUUGUGGUGAAUGUUCAUAGCAUUAUAAUUGCUUAGCCAUUGAAUGAUAACAUUUGUUAGUGGAGACUGAAAAAUUUAUUUGUGAAAUUCUGCAGAAUUCAUUUUUCUAUUUCUAAUAUUUGCU